AUGGAUCCCGACAGGACUGGUGGCAGAGGAAUGAGGAGGAACAUGUUCCUCUGGUGGAUUUUAUUGCUUUUCUCCCAAGGAUUUGUAUUUCGCAACGUCCAAGGGGAACUUCCUUUUAUGGCGGGGAACAAUGCUGCCAUGCUGGUCAACUGGAACGCUGUUGACGGAAACAAGAAGUUGUUCGCCAUCUAUGACACGAGCGUCAAUGAACCGGGCAACAUGUCAUUUGUGAAGGAGACGGUAGAUAAACUCCUGAAGGGGUAUGACAUCCGACUGAGGCCGGACUUUGGAGGGGCCCCAGUUGCGGUCGGCAUGAGCAUAGACGUGGCCAGCAUAGACAUGGUGUCAGAAGUCAACAUGGACUACACGCUGACCAUGUAUUUCCAACAGUACUGGAGGGACAAACGUCUAGCCUACAUAGGGAUCCCCCUCAACUUGACCCUGGACAACAGGGUCGCCGACCAGCUCUGGGUCCCCGACACCUACUUCCUAAACGACAAGAAGUCUUUCGUCCACGGAGUCACCGUCAAAAACCGCAUGAUCCGCCUGCAUCCAGAUGGUACCGUUCUCUAUGGCCUCAGGAUAACUACAACUGCGGCGUGUAUGAUGGAUCUCAGGAGGUAUCCCCUGGACGAACAGAACUGCACUCUGGAGAUAGAGAGCUAUGGCUACACCACAGACGACAUCGAGUUCUACUGGAAGGGAGGCGAGUCGGCCGUGACGGGGGUGACGCGGAUCGAGUUGCCUCAGUUCUCCAUUGUCGAUUACAAGCUGGUCUCCAGGAACGUAGUCUUUUCCACAGGUGCCUACCCUCGUCUGUCUCUGAGCUUUAAGCUGAAGAGGAACAUCGGCUACUUCAUCCUGCAGACGUACAUGCCAUCGAUCCUGAUUACCAUCCUCUCCUGGGUAUCCUUCUGGAUAAACUACGACGCGUCAGCAGCCAGAGUGGCACUAGGGAUCACCACGGUGCUGACAAUGACCACGAUCAACACCCACUUGAGGGAGACGCUGCCCAAGAUCCCCUACGUCAAGGCCAUCGACAUGUACCUGAUGGGCUGCUUCGUCAUGGUCUUCCUGGCCCUGCUGGAGUACGCCUUCGUCAACUACAUCUUCUUCGGGAGGGGCCCUCAGAUGCAAAAGAAGCUGGCGGAGAAGGCGGAGAAGGCCAACAAUGAGAGGGCGGCCAAGUACGAUGCGGCGAGGGAGGCAGGUAGUCGGACCGCGUCCCUAAAGCGGUCCAAUCAGGUUAAAGGUCUUCGCCACUCACGCUCGGCGGAACCGCAUGGCCACGGGAACAUCCUGCUAACCACCCUAGAGAUCCAUAACGAAGUGGCGGGAGGUGAGAUCACCACCAGCGUGGCAGACAUAAGGAACUCUCAGUCCAUGGUGCAGUUGGACAGCACGGCCUCGACGCACAUCCAGUACCGAAAGCAGAGCGGUGGGAUCGGCCCGCGCUCCGCCAGCCGCCACUCCCUCGACCGGGCCGCCCAGAUCAAACGCAGCCGUCUGCGGAGGCGGUCCUCGCAGCUUAAAAUCAAAAUCCCCGACCUGACGGAUGUGAAUGCCAUCGACCGCUGGUCACGGAUCAUCUUCCCUUCCGUUUUCUCACUGUUCAACCUCAUCUACUGGCUCUACUAUGUCUGAUUAGACUGUUUCGUUGAGAUGUUUGUUGUUGUUUGUUUGAUUUCUUUUUCAUUUUGUUCCUUAUUCUUCCUUUUUUUUCUGUUGCUUUUAUACAUGAUGGAAUCUGUCGAGUUAAAGACUGCAACACCUCAAGACAAAAAAACAAAAAAAACAAAAACAAAAAAAGAGCUGACUGAGAAAAGACUAUUGAGUUUUGGACCAAGUUCUCGUCAAUUGUUUUUAUAUUUGCAGUCUUUGAAUCCUUAGUACUAAGGUCUUUUUAUUUUCUAAUGUAUGUACUGUAAUUGGGACUUGUGACAGUCAUUUCCCAACAUUUGCCCUCUCAGUAAUGUGUAAAUAGAAAGAUACAAAGCCAGCAAUUGAAUAAAUAAUACAGUAUUUGCAAAAAAAACCAAACAAAAACAAUAGCAGCUGAUGCAAGAAUUUUUCUAAUUAAAUUAACGAGUAAGAGAACUUUAUACUACAAAGGUGGUCAGAUAAGUGCACACAACUCCUAAAAGUCCAUUAAACAAACUAAUGUAUGUUUGACUGGUACCCUAUGCACUAUUAAUGCAUGUAAUGAUCAGCCAUAGUGAAAAAUAAUGACUCCUUUUUUGCCUUGGGAUAUGUCACAACUUUACAGAAGACUCUGGUGAUGUGUAUUUGUUUAUAAGUGUUGAUAAGUUACAGAUCUGAGAAACCUUUUACCCAAAACACAAUAGCUUAAACGUUGAGGGUUUCGUCCUCUGUUCAGGAUGAUUGUGACUCAGGUUCUGAAUCUUUUGCUAUUUGGCAUCUUUUUCUUCUCAAAGGAAAGUGUCACAGAAAUAUCCUUUUUAUGGUAAUUUGAUAAGGAAAAAUAAGCACAACUUUGAAUGAAACUGCCAUUUCUUCUCUUCUACCUUCGAUCAGCACUUCGAGCAAAAAGCGCGACAGAAUUGCACUCCAAUUUAUCAAACUUCCUCUAAAUACUGGUCUGACUUUAAACUUUAACAACUGCCAAGGGCCUUUUGGGCGACACCGUUACUCAACCCAAGAAAUUUUAUGAUAUUUUUGUACUCUGUGUCUUCAGGUAUUCAUUUGAUUUCCUAACCUGUCUUGUUGAUUUCUUCAUUUUUUCUCUUUUGCUUAACAAUUACUCUGUUAUGGUGAUAGAGUGGAGGAAUGAAAACCCAUUUUUUUGUACAUAAGUACAUAGAUGUGUAUAUACAUAAAUGUGUAUAUAUAUACUGUGUGUACAACCUGAAAUGAAAAUGAUCAAAUAUUGAGCAUUUUGUGAUUGUCAUACUGGCGUUUAACUGUCAGACUAUUUAGUUUCAAAAAAAAAGGAAGAAGAAGAAGAAGAAGAAAAAAAAAGACAUGGAUAAAACAAAUUACUGACCAGUUCCAAGCAUCAGUUUAGUUUCUAAGCAUUUGUGGGGCACUCUGAAUACAUUUCUCCUCAAACAUCCGACCAUGCUGAAUUAAACACACUAGACACUGUAUGUAUGUUCACUCUGCAUUUAAGAGUUACUGUAUGCCCUGCCGUACAGGAAGAAAGUGAUGCAAAAUGGGAUUUCAUUGACUCCGGAUGGACCGAGGUGACCGGGUCCGUCGAAUAAUAAGCACAUACUAGCACUGAAUGUAUUGGAUCCAUUCUUCAGGUAGAGGAUAAUGAGCCAUGGUCAUCAUUUCUCCAUCAGAAUGUAACGCCCAUUCUUACGUUGACUGAGCGAUGAAGAAAGACAGGGGAAGGGAUGGUGUAUUAAAGAGUGUGUGCAUGUGCAUGUGUGUGCGAGAGAGAGAUGGGAAAUGGAUAAAGAGAGCCUGAGAGAGGAAGGGCGAGGGUUGACCAUUUGUUUUCUGUGCCGCUUGCUCCACUGUGGACAAAUAUCAACGUUUUAAUAGAUUUGUGGAUAAAAAAAGAAACUAGCUCUCCUGCCCCACUCUGUUGAUAAACUGUGCCAUUCCACCUGCGGCUGCAGAGCAAUCAAACUGUUACAACUCAUGGACGAUGAUGUAAAUCUGAUGCAUAGAUACAUGACAUACAUACACUGUUUGUGCAUGUACAAGAGUACAUGUAGGGACAAAAAAAAAAAAAAAUACUACUUGAUAACACUGAGUUUUGUUGUGAUUGAGAAGCUUGAGCCACCAACAGAGUUGGGAUCAAUUUGAAGUUUAAAAAAAAUAAUUGUAAAGUUUCAUGUGUACAGACUGACUGAUACAUGACUAUGAACUGAAUGUAUUGUACUUGGAUUGUUCCUGCACAAAUGCAAUUUUAUUUCUGGAAACAGGAUUGACCUCAACCCUGAUCAAUUAGGGCUCCAGCUGAGUCCACAUUCAAGUGAACCCGAGUCUCUUGCUGGAUUCUUAUCCUGUUUUCUACUGUGUAGACGGGAUGCAGUACACAUACGACCUGGGUCCAAGACAGAAGAAAGCUCCGGUCAUAGAUCAAAUUAUGUCUACAGAUACUGUAUCACAAGCCAAAACAUCGUGCUAAUGGUGUGUUCAGAAUGAAAGACAAUUUUUAACCUUUUAAACCUGAUAUUCGUGCAAAUUUGACCCGUUCAUUCACAGAUCGUGUUCACCCCGAAUAGCCGAUGUCCGAAUUGUCUUUUAGCAAUUAAUUGUCUAUGAGUCUAUGUUCAUGUUCAGUUCAGCCUCUGACUAAACUGACCACAAACUGUGGCUCUUUGUUACUUCUAUACAGCUGUAUGUCAACAAAGUGGAGUCAUAAAUCCAUGGCAUGCCUGCGUUUUUUGAAACCUUUGACUCAUGCGUCUUUGCUCUGACUUUGUAAUGAGGCGUUCAGACUGAACACACGAUAAGAGGAUGUUCUUGGCUUUGGUCUUGGGCACAAAGCAAUGUUUCGUGACCUCAUGUAUUCAAGAUAGAGCAUUUUAAAGGCAUAGAGCCAGUUGGUCCAAAGAUCCUUCAAGCUGCUUUGUGUAGUUUAAAGGCCGAAACAGUCCAAAAAAGAUCUUCCUGGCUGGCUGGUUCACUUUGAUUCAAACAAUAACUUUCAGGUGAGGUAGUGAGAUUUAAAACCCAUAUUUGAAGUUGGUCGUUGUACGAGUCAUACUCUUUUUCUUUUUCAAUAACUAAACUCAUUAGUGCAGUUGAAGUGAAAGAGACGGUAACUGUUACAAACUCUAGAUACUUGUUUAUCAUGCAUGCAACUACAAAACUUUGGAAGAUUUUAUUUUAUUUUUUUUUUAAAAGUUAUUUUACAAACUCACUUAUGAGAGCUGCCAACUGCUCCUUUUAGAGAUGACAUUAUGCCAUAUGAGCCUACAUUUAAAAGAAAAACAAAAAAAUAAAAGAGUCAUUAAAGACUUCAGGUGUUGUAUGGCCUUGGUCCCAUAAUGGAAUGUGAAAUGUUCUGUGCUGCCACAAAAUGUAUUUAGGCUUAGAUUUAUACUGUAUAUCUCUGUAUGUUUCUCUUCCUUUUUCAGUAGAUUAUCAUGUUAAACCAUCAAAUAAAUUAUAUACAUUG